AAAAUUGUGUUCAAUAUUUUUUUAAUUUUAAAAAUUAUCUAAUAGUGUUUUACCAAUUAAAAAAAAUAUCUAUAAAGUGUAAAAAAAUAUAAAUUGAAAAAGUGAAAAGAAAAAAAAAAAGAAAUUUACUCCCCAUAAUGAAAUCUGAUAAAAUGCAAUUCAUCCUUUUCACAAUGUGGGAAAUAUUAAUGGCGCUUCUAGUCGUUCCAUCGCUUGGUCGUCAACAUUCAUCAUCUUUAGUUCAUGGAGGAACUGUUGGUGGCAAGGAUUCGCAUGUCAAGACAAAGGAUAUUGAAGCAGUUGAAGGUAAAUCAGUGACGCUUCCUUGCCCAAUCGAGGCACCAUUGCAGGAUGUUUACAUGGUUUUGUGGUUCCGGGACAACGCUGGUAUACCACUUUACAGUUUUGAUGUUCGCGAUAAACUCAACACCGAACAGCCACGACAUUGGUCAGCGCCCGAGGUAUUUGGAUCUCGUGCCAAAUUCCUUUUUGAUACUUCGCCAGCAUCGUUGGAAAUAAAGGACAUCAAACGUCACGAUCAAGGAAUUUACAGAUGUCGCAUUGAUUUUCGUACAAGUCAAACACAGAGCUUCCGAUUUAAUUUAUCCGUUAUAAUCCUUCCCGAGCAACCAAUAAUCCUUGAUCGAUGGGGUCGACAGCUGAAUGGUACUCAGCUUGGGCCUAAACAAGAGGGUGACGAUAUUGUUAUAACCUGCCGUGUUGUUGGAGGUCGACCUCAACCCCAAGUUCGGUGGCUGGUAAAUGGUUUGCUGGUAGACAAUCAAUAUGAACACAAUUCCGGUGAUGUAAUAGAAAACCGACUUCUAUGGCCAUCGGUUCAGAGGACAGAUUUAAAUUCAGUAUUUACAUGUCAAGCAUUAAAUACACAAUUGGAUAAGCCAAAGGAGAAGAGUUUUCUACUCGAUAUGCAUUUAAAACCUUUGACGGUGAAAAUUGUAGAUCCUCCAGUUUCAAUGGUUGCAGAUAGACGUUAUGAAGUUAUGUGCGAAAGUUCGGGCUCAAGACCGAAUGCAAUAAUAACCUGGUACAAAGGGAAGAGACAAUUGCGAAGGACUAAGGAUGAAAUUCUCAAUAAUACCACCCAUUCUGAAUUGAGCUUUGUGCCAACAACAGACGAUGAUGGAAAGUCUAUAACAUGUCGUUCCGAGAAUCCCAAUGUUAAUGGAUUAUUCUUGGAAACUUUAUGGAAGCUCAAUGUUGUAUAUCCACCGCUUGUAACGCUUAGGUUGGGUUCCACACUAUCGCCAGAUGAUAUUAAAGAGGGAGACGAUGUGUAUUUUGAGUGUCACGUUCAAUCGAAUCCGCAAUGGCGGAAAUUGCUGUGGCUGCAUAAUGGUAUCCAUUUGGAGCACAACACAUCAGCUCGAGUCAUUCGUUCAAAUCAAAGUCUUGUCCUGCAGAAAAUUACCAAACAUUACGCCGGAAACUAUGCUUGCAGUGCGAUUAAUGAUGAAGGUGAAACGGUCAGCAAUCAUUUACCACUUCGAGUCAAAUACACUCCAAUCUGUAAGCACUUAGAUCGUGUCGCUCUAAUUGGUGCUUCAAAAGACGAGACAGUUGAAGUGAUAUGUGAGAUACAAGCUGAUCCACCACCCAGAUCAUUCCGAUGGAAGUUCAACAAUUCAGGUGAAACCCUCGAUGUCGGAAGUGAACGUUUCAGUGUCAAUGGUAGUCGUAGCAUCCUCAAAUACACUCCAGUUACAGAUCAGGACUAUGGCACCCUAUCCUGCUGGGCAGCCAAUGAAGUUGGUACACAGCACCAGCCAUGUUUGUUUCAGGUCGUCCUUGCGGGUCUACCAAGUGCCGUCAGCAAUUGUACUGUGUACAAUCGUACCGAACUCAGUGUGGACAUCCAAUGCUUGCCUGGCUAUGAUGGUGGUCUACCGCAAAUAUUUGUCCUGGAAAUGUUCUCCAGUCGAACAGGAGGCACAAGACUAAACCUCACCAAUCCCGAAGAGCCACAAUUUAUAUUGGAAAGUCUGGAUACCCUUACCACAAUGAUGACCACAGAAAAUAAUUCAAUGAAAAUACGAAUAUAUUCCUUCAAUCAAAAAGGUCGAUCUCCUGCCUACUAUCUUACUGAUUUUGUAAUUGGCUCAGCAGGACACAAGUCAGAAGAUGAUAUAUCCUUUUCAAUGUCGCCGGUAAUUGUUGGUUGUGUGCUCACCUUUAUUGUCAUCAGUCUGGCUAUUGCAAUGCGAAUAUUCCUGGUGACGUUUUUGAAUAAUCUACGAAGGAAUCGACAACAUGGAACAAAAGGAUCAACAUCCGGGGGUGUACAAUCGGGUGAUGGAUAUAAGAAGAGUGGUAAUUUAGAAAAACCACGUUGGCAGCAUACGGAUAUAAAAACGAAAUCCUCGUCAGAUGAUUUGAUUGAGGAUGAACGAGAUCCCGAUGUUAUUCCAUCACAGUUUGUUGGCAGUGGAGGAGGAGGGAAUAGCUCAAAUGGACUUACAGAUCUGCAUUUUACCACACCACCGAUGUCAAAAUGGUCACCAAAUGCAAACCAUCGUCCCUAUGACACACUUUUACACCAGGGAACAACAACAGCAUCAUCAACAUCGACCAAUGGCCCACCAGGUGUUCCGGUCACGUAUAAUCAAAUAAACUCACGCCCUCAUCUGAUGUCCUCAUCAGUAAUAUCACCGACUUCCAUUGUUGGCGGCGGUGGAUCCGGAGGUGGAUUGGGUGUUGGGACAAGCAGCCUUACUGGCGUAUCCCCCAACGGUCUUGGAAUGAUAAUAGCGUCACCGACUUCUUCCGCAGCGUCAACAGCCACAUUGCCAGCGACAAGCACGAGCUUAACGAAUGUUAUGCCAAAUGUCCUGGCAGCCACUUGUAGUCCUGUAGGAGGUGCAGGAGGAGGAAUUUCUGGUGGAAGUACGAUGCCGUCCCUAAUUGGAGGCACACUCCCCUCAUCUGGCAGUGGUCCUGGCUGCGUUGUUGGUAGCGGUGGUAGUUUCCUUUCAAAUACGAAUAGUCUUAGCCGAGCAAUGCUCCAUCAACAACAGCAGCAGCAUCAGCACCAACAACAACAACAGCACCAUCAUCAUCAUAGUUUAGGACGUAAUAGUAACCUACAGCCACAGUUCCAUCAGUUGACAUCGUUGACGGGGGCUUCCUCAUCCCUGCAGCAGCAGCCGCCACAACUGUCGGCAAAGAUGAUGGCAAUGCCACCACUGCCUGGAGGGUUAGUCAGCAGCAGUAGUGGAAUUGUGAGUGGAUGCAGUUCGUCCAGUGAUCUGGAGGAUAACAUCAAUAUAAAUGCGAUUAAGGAUUGUCUGAUGACACAACGAGUUCCGGAAAGCUGUGUCUGAGUAGCUUUUGGCACAGUUAACCAACUACGACGACGACGACGACGACAACAAGGACAACAGCAACGUCUACAACAACAACAACUACCAGAACGGCUACGACGACGACUAUGUGAAGCCAGUCUAAAGGGUGAUAUGCGCAUUUUGUGGAUUUUGUUUAAUUUUUAAUGUGUGUCCUUUUUGGGAAUUGGAGUGGAUUUUAAAAGGAUUUUACAUUACAUAAAAAAUGUGCUUUGAUCAUAAAAUGGCAUCGUUACCGUUUGUAUAAAGGCGUGGUUGGAUAAGAGUUUGUUAUUGUUUUGAUUGAUGUUGGGAUUCAGUCAGUAUGUAGAUAGAUUUUUUGUUUUGGUUAUUUUUUAGCUUCUUUUUUUUAAUGAAAAUUGUGUUUUAUAUUGAA